GUCUAGGUAGUCAACACACACAACCGACACAUUCAUACACACACACACCGUUUGAACAAAAAAAAAAUAUAGAGGAAAAUCGAAAAAAAAUAAUAAUCAAACGGCGAAUAAAAUCAUACCUGGUACCUGGUAUCUAGCUAAUCGCAGAGUUGCACCUGAAUCGCGUGCAACUUGGACGCCCAGACGCGUAGAACUGAUCCGUUGUCAGCACACCACCGCACCAGAGACUCCUUUGGAUCGCCCAGAAUACAAAAGUACAAGAGUACCAAAUUCGUAGGUUCAAAGUUCAAGGCGCCCGAAAGGACUGAGAGUGGACCCCCGGACCCAGCCGAGGGCCAGUCGGGCCCAAAGGUCGAGCGGCUAGCUGCAGUCGAGCCCCGGGUUCGAGCCACAGCGUCAACUGGUUCCAAUCCGGUUUCUUUUCCACUUUUGAUAGUUUUAUAUUCAGGAUGGUCAUCAAUCUGAAUCCGGCCACCUCGUCGAGCGCCAAUGCCAGCGGCAGCAGCGUGGGCGGCGGCAGCGGUGGCGGCAGCGGCGGCAGCAGCGGCGGCAGCAUUGGCAGCCAAAGCGGCAGCAUCAUCGGCGGAAACGGAAGCGGAGGCGGAAACGGAAGCGGAGGCGGAAACGGAAACGGCAGCGGCAACAGCACCGGAAACGGAAGUGGCGGCGGUGGCGCCACUAGCAACCUGAUGGGCAUCAUCAGCCACGCGGUUUUCGAGGGGAUCGUCUAUUUGCAUGUGGUAUGUGCGGGCGAGGCGAGCGCCAAGUGGAUCACCCUAGAGGAGGCGCUGGCCUACUGCCCCACCGGCGUGGUUGCCUACACGAAGCUGAAGGUCGCCGAGACCUAUGGCGUGCCGAUGGACAUUCUAUUCGAGUGAUGGCGAUGGGACCGGAGAUCAUGAUAGACUGGAAGUCUCCUGGGGGAUUCCCCUCUCGUUCGGAGGACUCUGAAUCUGACUUUUUGCCAUUGGGCAGUCGGCAUUUGAACUUUGGCACUGUUCGCAGCACCAAAUCAAUGGAAAUCAGUAUUCGGUUGCUUGCGUAGAGACUUCUACGCCCCGUCUAUGUACAUUUUUUCGUGCUUGUUUCCUCGCUCUACAACCACAAACCAAAUUUCUAGUUCUGGCGUUAUGCAAUUUUCCCGAAAAAAAAACAGCAAUUACCACAGAAAGUAUAGAAUACUAGCCGGGGAUAAAAGAUCCGAAAGAUGUUUUCACGUUCGGUUCAAUGAAGAAGAAAACUGGUUAAACUUUUUUGACUGCAGGACGACAUAUGUAUACCACAUAACUUUGGCACGGCUCCAGGAUAAUUCGUAACUUUUGCUCAUCAGAAAUGUAUGCUCGAAAAUGCUCGAAAUAAUCCAUAAAAAUCUCAAAUAAAUGAUUGUCAAAACUUA